AUGGACGUGUGUGGGGAGAGGGCGGGGAAGGGGAGGGAUGUUGUGGGAUCGAUUGGCGGAUAUUCUCAAGGGUCGAUCAUGAUCCGGCCAAAAGAGAUGCAAGCAGGGAUAGGUUUUUCAGAAGGGAAUCCAUAUCAGCAAUCUCCCUCAUCCGACAAGUAUCCAGGUGUUACUGGUGACAUCUGUCUCCAUCAUCCCAUAUGGACCGACACAGCAUCCUCGGGCUCCAAUACCUCUCGUGACCCCGAGGUUCGCCCUGAGUCAGGGACUUUCGAGUGGUGCGAGCAUAACCUCUGCAGUCCCGCUCACUUCAUGGUCGUCUCGAGCGACCAGGUCGAUGAGACCAGGUUCGCCCAGGCGGUGCUGGAAGCCAUGACGAGAUCCGAGGGCUGGAAGAGUCUGACUGAGUCAGGGAUCAUCGUGUCUGUGACAGGAGGGGCCAAGUACUUCGACCUCAGUUUCAAGCACAAGGAGUUGAUCAUGCGAGAUGUAGUGCUGGGGUUGAAGCACCUGAAGCCGCUGGUGGUUACCGGAGGAACUCACUCGGGCAUCAUGAAGUACGUGGGAGAGGCGCGAGCCAAGUAUGAGAUGAGCAUCAACCUGCUCGGGAUCGUACCUCAGGCUGUUGUGAAGGGGAGCGAAGUGCUCACAACGUCAAAGACACCCAACGGCAAGCAGGAAGAGAAGCCCAUCUACAACUCCUUCUCUGUCAACUCGCACAGCUCGUUUAGUGUGCUUCAAACCAAUGGACCGAAUAAAGAAAUGCUGGACUUCAACCACUCGCACUUCAUUCUGGUGGACAAGAAGAUCAACAAUGGCAGGUUGAAGGAUGAGGAACGUUUUGGGGAGGAAACAACUUUCAGAGCAAACCUAGAAAGCGCGAUCAAAGACAAAGCAAACCUCCAAAGCCCCCUCAUAGAAGGUCGCUCGCAAACGAUUCCUGUGAUCUCAAUCUGUGUUCAAGGAGGGGAAGGGUCAGUGAAGACUCUGUACGAUGCUAUCAAAGCAAACACUCCCUGCCUGGUGGUGAAUGGCAGCGGGAGGGCAGCCGAUCUUAUCAGCGACGCUCUUCGGCUGAGGAAGCAAGAACUGCAGGAGCUACAUCCAAGGCAGGUCUUACUCAGAGAAUGUCUGCAAGGACAGAGGUCAGCAAGCAAUGUGAUGGAGACUCUGAAGCAGUACCACCUGGUUGCGAAUCUCAACACACACAGCGACGCCUUGAGGCUCCUGGACGAGGUGAGCGCCAUAGCGGGCAGCGGCAGCUGCUGUAUGUUCGACCUCAGAGCCGCACACAAGGAGGGAGAUUUCAAGGACGCAAUGCUGGAAUGUAUCUUGGAGCACAUGAGCAAGAGUCCGUCAGGAGGGGCAGGCGAUCUUUUCCACCAGAGGCUCUCGAUGGCGAUCAAGUUCCAAAGUCCCCGCGUGCUGUCGAGGCUUCUGCGGCAAGGGCUGGAGGACUUGGAGAUCAAAGGCUCUUUCUUCGCGUCUCUGGAGGAAAACUUCGUAGAAGCGUUCCGGCAUUCCUCGACCCAGGUGAUCGAGCUCUUGCUAGCAGAGCUGCCAUACCUUCAGUUCGUCAACAUCUCCUGGACGACGUUGGAGCAAGCACUCAAAGACGGGUCGCUGGAAGCCUUGAGCUCCCUGAAGCGUCUCAACGCCAUCCUUACGGCUCCUCCUCCUCCUCCUCCUUCCAAGGCGUCUCCUUCCACAGCGUCUGGUCCUGCCCAACGGGUGAGCGAGAAGUGGGAGGUGAAGGAGCCAUGGUUCCACUCCUUGAAUCUCCGAGGAUACACCAGCACCCUGCCGCUGCAAGGAGACUUUGAGAAGAAGUGGCUGAUAACAGAGCUCAUCACGAAACAACAACUCCUCGAGGCUCACUUCAAGUCCAUCUGCGACUCGUCCUUCACCUACCAUCUCGGCGCUGACGGCCCCUUCGCGGACUUGUUCCUGUCUACUAUCGCCUGUGACAAGGUGGACCUCGCCGUCCUCAUCUGGAGACGCUGGAUCCCUGACGUAGACAAGACUGGAAUCUUCUGGGCUGAGUCGAUGAACCCCAUCAUCUACGCUAUCACGGCCGCUUUCUACUUCCGCAAGAAGUCGGAGGGAAGACAUCUGAACGCUGCCAUGAAGAAGCUCUACCAGACCACAGCCGACAACUUUGAACAAAAAGCCAUCAGGGUCUACCAACAUGCCGUCGACAACGACAAGGCCCAGAAGAGCUCUUUUGGUGUAGCGAGCGCGCUCAAUAUCCGUGCUAGAAUCUUCCGAGACAAGACGCUCGUCGACCUGGCGGUUCUGAGCGACUCGGACAGGUUCCUUGAGACUUGCUGCGCGCCAACCAUCAUCAGCAGCUUCCACGGCGACCUCGCAACCUCCACCUCCUUCCUGUCCGUCCUGGCCGGCACCAUCAUGUUCGGCAUCCCUGCCAUGUUCCAAGGAUGGGGAUUCCUUGAGUUCCUUGGAUUCGAGUUCCACUUCAAGCACGAGGCCCAAGACUUCAUCUGCAAGGCUCUUCAGCCUGUGACUCAGCGGUUCAACCACAAGGAGAUGCGAGCUGUCGAUCGUUUCUUUUGCUUCCUUGCCUCACCCAUCAUCAUCUUCGUUGCCAACGGGCUGCAGCUGCUCGUUCUCACGGUCAUCUUCACCAUCAUCGUCAUCCCCGACUACAAGUACUCCAUGUUGGCCGACAAGCUUCACUGGGUCGAGUGGGUACUUCUCGGACAUUACAUCUCUUCCAUUAUCCGUGAGCUGAUCCAGCUCUUCCUGGAGGGAUGGCGCGAGUACUUCUACUCCAUCUGGAACAUCUUGGAGAUCGGAGCCUUCGUAUCUUACAUCCUCGGAUUCUUGCUGCAUGCUCACUGCACAAUGGACAACAACGACUGUCAGGAGAUUUCUUUCACCGCCGACAUGAUCGGCCAUUCGACGCCGUACUUGAGUUUCAGGCUGUGCUACUGCUUCAGCCUCUUCUUCACCUACCUCCGCCUCCUUCAGUUCGUGCUUGCCCACAAGGACAUAGGCAUCCUGGUAUGGAUUAUCUUCAAGAUGUUUGUUGACAUCAUCAAGUUUGUCUUCUUGUACUUCAUCAUCCUCCUCUCUCUCGCCGUUCUCAUGCUGGGAACAACUCUCCCCAAGGCUCUUCAGGACAACUGCCAUGUUGACAUGGAUCAGCUUGACAACUACAACUUCAUCACCUGCUAUCCAACAUGGUGGAUCUACCGUGCCAUGCUCCUGUCAUGGGGUGACAUACACAUGGAGGAGAUGACAAACGACGCCUCCAUCGGCUUCCUCAUCCUGACUUAUGUCGUGCUCAACGUCAUCCUCCUCAACCUCCUCAUCGCGCUCAUGACCGACACAUACCAGGCACAGACCCUCCUCCAUGUCCUCCCGUCCUCCCUUGACGUUGGUCGCAGAGGCUGCGGGGCAGGUCCAGCAGGAGGUGGCUGCUGGACAUUCACAGCAUCACCAAGGAGUAUUCGAGGUGGGGAACAUGACCGCAUCUGCAUGCUUGACGUCGAGCACAGGAUCGACCUCGCCUUCCUCACGCCCCUCAACAUCAUCUGUUCCCUUGUCCACAUCGUUGCUUUCUUCUUCAACUUCCGCAACAUCACGAGCCAGCUCGCCGUCCUCUUCCGGCGCACCGAGCAGUGUACCGACCUCUCGGCCGCCAGGAUCCUUCUGGACUGGCAGCUCUCGAACUUCCACACGUUUCAGUUCUUCUCCUCCGGCAUGCGCAACAAGGGGGACGAAAAAGUCGCUCUUGCACACUUCACCAUGUCCACGGCUGAAAUUAACGAGCUGAUGACUCGGCACAGCCUGAGGGUGGUGACUGUGGAAGGGACGGAAGACGAGAGGAAAGAGCUCCUCAACUUCAUCGCCAUGAUGGCAGAGGCCAAGCAGAAGGUCUGCCAGGGCGACGAGGACUGCUGGACGAGCGAGUGA